AUGGGGCGCCGGGCGGGCCGCACGAGCCGCCAGCAGCAGGCGUUUGAGUACCUGCUCGAGCAGGAGGACGACCUGCCGAUGUCGCCCGCGGAGCUGACGGGCAACGGCACCUCGAAGAGCACGCACCGCGUCCGAGCUGGCUCGGCCCGCGGGCUCGCGGCGACGCCGCUGCAGAGCACGUGUCCGCGGCCGUGGAGCGAGGUCCCCGGACUGGGAUUCGUGGGCGACUCGCCAGCCCAUCUCGCCGCGAGUGUGUCUCCGCCGCGAGCGAGCGAGGCGGACUCGCUCCUCGCGAUGUUCGAGGGCUCCGAGCUCCCCGGCGAAGUCAUUCGCGACGUCCUCGCGUCCUGCGGGGGCGACACCACCCGCGCCAUGGACGCCCUCCUGGGCAUGGUCUCGCCCGCCACGCCCCCCGAGCCCGACGCCGCGGCCGCGGACGCCGUCGACCUCUGGGGCGCCCUCCCGCUCGACAUCCGCACGAAGAUCUUCGAGCGGCUCUCCGUGCGCGAGGCCUGCCGCGCCGCCCCCGCGAGUCGCGACUUUGCCACGUUGGCGCGCGCCGCACGCCUCUCCGUCACGUCGCUCGCGCUCCCGGCGCGCGCAGCGGGCCCCGGGGGCGCCGCGCUCGCGCGGCAGAUGGUUGCGGCGCACCCGAACGCCCGCGCCGUCACCCUGCGCGGCGCGGGCCCCAAGGAGGGCACGCCAGCGGGUGACGCUGCGGACGAGGAGUCGUUCGUGGCCUUCGUGGACGGCGUCGCGGUGGGCGAGGCGGUGCGCGAGAGCCAGUCGGUGCGGUCCGCGGGGCUCGCGGUGGGCGGCACGCACGACUACACCCCCCUGAAGCACGGCGGGGGGGCCUGGCAGCCCCCGCCCGGCGCGGCGCCGGCGCCGCUGGGGUCGACGGGGCGGUGGGGCGCGGGGGGCUGCGGCGUCGAGGCGCUGGACGUGCGCGGGUGCGCGGCGGUGACGGACCACGCGGUGUCGGUGUUGUGCGACGUGUUGCACAACGUGCGGGAGCUGUCGCUGGCCAACUGCCCGGCCGUGUCCGACAGCGCGCUGCUGUCGCUGUCGCGGUUCCAGGGGCGCGGCGGCGACCUCGAGCACUCGGAGAGCCUCGCGGGCGACGACGCGGGCGCGCCGGGCGGCGGGCUGCGCUCGCUGAGCGUGGCGGGGUGCGGCAAGGUCACGGACCGCGGCGUGAAGGAGCUGCUGCGCGGCGCGGCGACGCGCACGUCGCUCGUCCGGCUCGACCUGUCGCGGACGGCGGUCACGCGCGAGGGCCUCGCGUCGCUCCCGCCGCGCUCCGCGCUGCGCCACCUGCGCUGCAACUCGCUCUCGCGGCUCUCGCGCGUGUCGCUGCAGCUCCCGCCCACCGCGCCGCUCGAGGACGUCAGCUUCGCGGGGUGCCACCAGCUCCGCCACGCGGUCCUCGUCUGCGGGAACCUCGCGGCGGCCAACUUCUCCGGGUGCGCGCAGCUGGCCUCGCUCGACCUGCGCUGCCCGCGCCUGCGGUGCCUCACGCUCGGCGGGUGCGCUGCGCUGACGUCGCUCUUCCCCGCGGAGCCCGCGGGCGGCUCGCUGAUCGAGCUCCCGGACGACCCGGCCGACCUGUUGCACUUUGAGUGCCUGGAGGACCUCAACUGCUUCGGGUGCCGCACGCUCGACGCGCGGAGCGUGGAGGUGGCGCUGUCGCGUGCGCCGGCGCUCGCGGCGCUGAACCUCAACGGCUGCGUGAGCAUGACGCGGCUCUGCCUCGACGACGCGCCCUGCCUGGCCGCUCUCGAUGUGUCCGGGUGCCGGGGGCUCGAGGACGUGCGCCUCGAGUGCCCCGCGCUCGCGACGCUGCGCGCAGUGAGCUGCGGCGCGCUGCGGAGCCUGUACCUGGCCACGCCGCGGCUCGCAACGCUCGACGUGACCAACUGCGCGGCGCUGGUCGCCGUGAUCGUGCCGGGGCCGGACGCCGGCGGAGCGGGCGCGGAACCCGGCAGCGCACGCGGAGCGCGGGGCACGCCCGGCCGGCAGGACUCGGCCGCGGUGCCGGUGCCGGCGCGGCGGCGGUUCGUGUCGGCAGCGCCCGGGACGCCGUCGAGCCUCGGGACACCGGUCGCGGAGUCGCCGUUCCUGCUCGGAGCGUCCCCGAGCUUCGCCGCGAGCCCGAUGCUGCGGGCGCUCAGGUCUGGGAGGGCGGAGAAGGCGGCCAAGGGCGGGGGGGCCGGGGCUGCGGAGGCGUCGGGACCGGCGGUGGUGGCGAAGGGCGCGGCGGGCGUGGACGCGGUGGACGUGUGCAGGCGGCUGUUGGAGCUGGCCCGGGGGGCGGUGAUAGGUGGCGGGUGA